CGUACCCGAAGCUGCUCGUAUAAAUGAAUUCACGGCGUCACCAAGCUCAGAUGAUUCGCAGUACCAGUGAGCGCACCCGGCUGUCAACACUCACAACCCCCUACACACACACACACACACACACACAAACUCACACACACAAGUCUGCGUCAUGCGUCCUGAGAGCGACGGCACGAACGCGGUAACUCCGAUGGAUGCCGGUGAAACGCACAGCGGCAGCAGCAGCAGCAGUCUGAGGGGCUGACUGUGUCCUGCUUAUUCGGAAAAGUUGCGCUCCGAGUGCAGUCACAUUAUGGAUUUUAUUGCCACAAGCAGCAACGACAGCAACGCCACCAGCGGUUACCCUGGCGGGACGGACGUGGUGGCCGACUGGGGCGCGGGUGAGAAUGCCACGGGGUCUCGGUCCCUGCCAGAUGUGGAGCUCAGUUACCAGAUUAUCAUUUCCCUGCUCCUGGGGGCCCUCAUCCUCUGCUCCAUAUUUGGCAACGCGUGCGUCGUGGCUGCCAUCGCCCUGGAGAGAUCUCUCCAGAAUGUUGCCAACUACCUGAUUGGAUCCCUGGCCGUCACAGACCUCAUGGUAUCGGUACUGGUUUUACCAAUGGCGGCCCUCUACCAAGUUUUGAACAAGUGGACACUGGGACAGGAGGUCUGUGAUGUGUUCAUUUCUCUGGAUGUACUUUGUUGCACUUCAUCCAUCCUGCAUCUGUGCGCAAUAGCCUUGGACAGGUACUGGGCAAUAACGGACCCCAUAGACUAUGUAAAUAAGCGGACACCGAGGCGAGCAGCAAUCCUGAUAAGCGUAACUUGGCUAAUUGGUUUCUCCAUCUCUAUUCCGCCCAUGUUAGGCUGGAGAAGCGCCGAAGACAGAGCGAACCCCGACGCCUGCAUGAUCAGCCAGGAUCCGGGCUACACCAUCUACUCCACAUUCGGAGCUUUUUACAUCCCUCUCAUCCUCAUGCUGGUCCUGUACGGGAGAAUAUUCAAAGCAGCUCGGUUUCGGAUUCGAAAGACGGUGAAAAAACCCGAGAAAGCAAAAGUGUCCGACAAGUGUCUGAGUGUGUCUCCGGCCAUCUUCCACAAGAAAACAAACGGCGAGGCCGGGGUCAAAGGCUGGAGGCUCAGCGACGACUCAAAACCCAGCUCUCCGUGCGUAAACGGCGCGGUGAAGCACGGGGAGGAAGGGGAGUCACUGGAGAUCAUAGAAGUUAGCAGCAACUCAAAGACACACCUGCCCCUGCCCAACACUCCUCAGUCCUCCUCGCAGGGUUAUGAAAACAUGAAUGAGAAGAACUCGGGUGCGAAGAGGAAGAUCGCGCUCGCCAGGGAGCGCAAAACGGUGAAAACACUCGGGAUCAUCAUGGGAACUUUUAUCUUCUGCUGGCUGCCGUUUUUCAUCGUCGCGCUGGUUUUGCCUUUCUGUGCAGAGAGCUGCUACAUGCCCGACUGGCUGGGCGCUGUCAUAAACUGGCUGGGCUACUCCAACUCCCUCCUCAACCCCAUCAUAUAUGCCUACUUUAACAAAGACUUCCAAAGUGCUUUCAAGAAGAUUAUAAGAUGCAAAUUCCACAGAGCCUGAACAAACGUAAAGGGAGGAAAUGUGAAAUGAUUAUUAAACGGACAGCAGGAAAUGUUCACUGACUGUUUUGAACAGCUAAAAUGAUGGCCCAGACUUUUAUUCAGGGACUGUCUCUUUUCGGGUUGUGUUCAAGAACCGUGUGAAAAAAAAACAACAACAGAAAACAAGGGGUCACUGUUGAAAUGAGACACAAAACAGGAACUUUCGCUCUUAAUGUACAAGCUCAUGUUUAUUAAGUGUUGUAGCUCCAGUAUAUAGCCUAUAUGCGACGGCAGCCAUCGUUGUAUUGCCAUGCAAGACGUAUCAUGUGCUGAUUCCAUGCAUUUUUACAAAGAGACGUGCAGGGGGGUAUGCGUCCAAUACGUCAUGAGCUUUGUAGCACUGAAACAAUAAAAGCAAUCAAAGUUUGUCAUUAAGAAAAAAAUGAGUCGAGUUUUGCUUAGAGAAUAAGAAGUUAUGAGGCAGGAAGAAAUCAGGGUUGUUCAAAAUUCCCCCUUCUGGUCAUAUAUUUGUGUAAAGAUUAUGAGGAAUUAAUCGUUCACUGUGCUGAUGAGCAGACAAAGCAGGGAGAAACUCAUCAGCUUGCUCUGACAGGCCACACUG